ACCUCUCCCUUUUUGUUAUUGUACUCCAUGGGAGGGGAGCUGAAGUUACAUGUUAUAACUGACCGGAGGAUUUAGUUAUUUACUUAUUUCGUCACCAUAAACAGAUAUCGCCUCCAAACACGUCUCAGUCUGAGCCUCAUCAUCGGCACACAACGCACACAACGUCUGACACCACCGGUUACAUUAGAGCCACAGAAUUUUUUGGAGACACCCCCCGGCGGCCUUCAGUGUUAUUGCAAUUUAAGGCAUUUCCGCAGACUUCACUUCAAACCAGCGUCUACGUCCGAAUUUUAUAUAUAUUCUAUGGCUGAGAGACCAUUAUUGUUGACUUACAAAAAAUGUCUUUUCCUGUAGUAGCAGUGCUGAGUCUUGUUUUGAACAGUUUCUUUUAAACAAAUCUGUGAACGAAUCGGUUGAAAACUCUGAAGUAACGUGUUAUCAUAUCAUGUUGCCGGCGUUACUUGUCUUUGGGUAUGUCGCUGCCAUCACCGUGCCAGGACUAUGCUGCCGAGCAAAGGAGUACCCCACACGUGACGGACAUUGCUGUCCAAUGUGUCAAAAAGGUACAGUUGUACGAAGAGACUGUACACCACAGUCAGGCACACGCUGCAGCCCCUGUGAGAAUGGGACUUUUAUGAACCACCCAAAUGGCCUGAAUAAGUGUUUCCCCUGUUCCUCCUGUGUCCCAGCUCAUGGUCUCUUUGCCCUGCAGAAGUGUGCAGCAACAAUCGACACAGUUUGUGGUGUUUUAAUUGGGUAUUUCUGCAAAAGUUUGGCCAAUAAUACAGGAUGUAGUAUGGCAGAGAUACAUACACACUGUGCACCUGGUCAGAGGAUAAAAGAACCCGGAACCAGAAGGACUGAUACAGUGUGUGAAGACUGUCAGCCAGGCUAUUUUUCACAGGAUGGUGUGAACUGCACAGCUUGGACAAUUUGCUCAGAAACCCAAGUUAAGGUCAAAGAAGGAGGUCCAAGCAAUGAUGUGGUCUGCGGGAGUGCAUCGAGAAAUCAUCACUUUUUAUCUACACCCCUUUUAUUGUUUUUGUCAGUAGCAGUUGUUUGGCUUGUGACUAUGGGUUGGUGCUUUCCUUGCACCUCUACCUAAUUUAUCUAAUGUCUGCGACUAUGUAACUAAACAUUUUUUGCUCCCACUUUUGUACUCUUUCUAACUUGUAAUAUUUCCCCUCAUUUUGGAUUUCACGUUAGUAAAUAAAAAUUUGUGAGGUACAGCCUCUCAAUUUAUUUCCUGUACAUACUCAGUUUAGAAGUUAAUUAGGGAUGUAAUUCAGCUUAUUUAUACACUUCUGCAGCUCUUCAUCUACAGUGGCAAGAAAAAAUAAGUGAAACGUUUGGAAUUUCCUGCAU